UUUUUUCCCGUCCUUUCUCUUUGGCCACCUAGCCCUCUUUUCUAUUGCUGGGUGAAAACUCCGUCUGUCCUGCUUCAGAAAUGUCUCACAUGGCAUCUGAGAUCAUUGCAUUUGUGCUAGCAGUGUCAGGAUGGGUGUUGGUUAGUUCCACUCUACCCACAGACUAUUGGAAGGUCUCAACAAUCGAUGGUACUGUGAUCACCACUGCAACAUUCUGGUCCAAUCUCUGGAAGACCUGCGUCACUGACUCAACUGGAGUAUCCAACUGUAAGGACUUUCCAUCCAUGCUAGCCCUGGAAGGUAGGAAACUUUAUAGGAAUUGUGAGAUAAGAAUAAAAGUACCAUACAUUUUUUUUAACUUACAGGGUUAUUUACUAAUGUGAGAAUUGCCAGUAAUUCAACGUGAAUUUUAAACCUAUGGCCAAUAUAGCCAAACCAAAAACAAAGCUAAUUUAGAGAAUUCGGCACUCCAGAUAUAGUGGACUACAUCUCCAAAUCUUAGGCACUCCAGAUAUAGUGGACUACAUCUCCCAUAAUGUUCUUACAGCCAUAAUGCUCGCAAAGCAUUAAGGGAUAUGUUGUUUACAACAUCUGGAGUGCCGAAGGUUGUCUACACUGAUUUAAAGUUUUCUAUUGAACAAAUAAGCUAAAGCACUUAUUGACGUAACAUCAGGGUAUUUGCAAUUCACAGUGAUAAGCAAUGUUAUGCGAUUGUCACCUAAAAAUGUCCUAUUGCUAUGAUGCCUGUUCUAAGGCGUAACCUAUCUUGGCCAUAUCUUAUAUAGGUUUAUUCACCAAAAUGGGAUUUCGGAGCGAGUCUCACAUUUAUGGCCACAUAAAAUCUCAAAUUCGUGCUAAUGUCUUUCGUCUUUGAAAAGCUUUCAGAUUUGAAAUUCUCUUUAAAUCCCUAACAAAUCAAACAAUAGUGAAUAAUGAUUCCAGGGUUUUGAACAUUGUAAGAAUGAGUGUGCUGGCUCUCUUGUCCUAAAUCUUCACUUAUAUUUUUUAUAUCUGUUCCGAGGAGUGGACAUGACCAAUUUUUAAUUAUUUAGUGCUUCAGUGCAAAUGAUUCUCUCAUUGUGUUCUUCUACAAGCACUACUGUUAUAGACCUGGUAGAUUUCCUAAGAAUCUGCAUUAUUUACUAAAGUGAGAAUUCCAAAUUUACGGAUUGAGUAGUCAAACUAAAGGCAUAGCUGCAGUUCGGCUAUUUUGAUCAUAAAUUUUGGGAUAACGUUGAAUUCUCACUUUAGCACAUAUCCCUGAUUGUCUUCUAACAGCAAACAGGCAUUGAAGCAAAGAAUAUUGGACAAGUUAAUUGCCUGCAUUUUAACAGUGGCUGUUUAGGCAUUAUAAUAGUUAGAAUAUCUUUAAAGUUAUAUUUGUGAAAUAAUAUUAGCUGAUUUUACAGCACAGCAUUGCCUUCUUUUUGAUAAAUGUAAAUGAAAAAAUAGCAACAAAUAAGAAAUCAUUCAAAAAUUUAAGCUGCCAACAUCCCAAUAAAUCUCUUUUUUAAACAUAUUCUCUGUAGUUAAUGAGCUGUAUAAUAAGUUGGUUAAUAACUAACAUUUACAAACAUUCUUGGUUUUUACUUGACUACCGUUUUACCCUUUUGACCACAGAAGUUCACAACAGGAACCGAUAUAUCAAUCUUGUACAAAAGCAGGAAGAAAAAUAAACAUUUUAGUUCCACUAGACUGGAACAGAGAGUUGGGUUCCUAAUAUGAAAAUAUUGAUAAAUACUACAUUUUAUGGGGUCCAGAUUAUAGUUUGAGAUUUCUUCUAGGCUCACUUUUAGAGCUAUGUAUGCCAAGUUUGCGUCCAAUUGCUUGAUAAAAAGUGACGGUUAUCAAUAUAAUUGUUCAGUGGAAUCAAAAGCUAUUUUCACAAACUUUCAAGUUUGCUAAGCAUAUUAGAACAUGCUGGCAGUAGAGUACCGGGGGCCCGAUGGUGCACCUGCCAUGGAGGUAAAAUAGUAAAGUAGUUGUGGGCCCAAUUUUAUUUAGCGGAGCCUGUAGAAGGUAGAUAAGACCCACUGUUGCAGUUAACAAUAAAUAUGGUCUUUUGUUUGUUUUAAUUAGUUUAUUUCACCUGUGACACAGAAAGUGGCAGUAAUUUCCAGGGCCAAUAACUCUAUUGAUAAUCAAUACAAUCAUCAUAUAUAUUCUUUAAAAAUCUAUAAUAAAAAUAGGAGAAUAGCUACUGUCUCAAAGUGUUUGAUAUGGAAUUAGUGUCAGCAGUCACUUGCACGUAUCUGGUCAUUUGCUUUUUUUUUUUAUGUUUUUAUUUAAAGCCCCUCUCCCCAGUGCAGUUGUGGGGGUUGAUGUUUGGUAGUAGAUAGUAUAUACACUCUGUUUGGGUUCUCUUUAGGGCCAAUAAUUAUAUUGAUAAUCGAUACUAUCAUCACAUAUAUUCUUACUAUUGACUUUACAAGUGUUUAAUUAGCCUUACAAUCAGAGGGACAAGGUGGAUUGUGGGUGGUACAUAGAGGGGCACAACAUUUUGUUCUGCCCCUGGGGACCUGGGUUACGCCACUUCAAAAAGACAGAAGUGAAUAAACACAAGGAUAUUUACAUAACUAAGGCUCAUUGUGACAUUACCUCAAAAUAGAACAAGUAUAAUGAAAUUCUAUAUAAUAAUAACGUAACAUAAUAUAGUAUAAGAGACGUACCUAGGAUACCUGGCACCCAAGGUGGAAAUCUAGAUUGGCACACCAUUCCCCCUCCACACACAAACUGUAGCAUUCUAUAUUUUAACACCAUUUGGUUAGGUUAAUUUAGAAACACACACUCACUCCACUGACAGGUAAAUUGAAUAACAUUGAUUAAAUCAUUACAAUGGUUGGGUGGGAUAUAUUUUUUUAUUAUUAUAUAAUGAAGAUAAUUGGUGAAAAGAGGGAGCGGAGCAUAGCUAAAGAUACAGGGUUAUCAGUGGUGGAACGAAUGUAGCGAAGAAAUUGAAUUGGGCUCCUCUCUAGCACAAAGGUGGCCAAAAGGUAGUUCACCCAUCAUUCGUACAACUCCCACAGUGCUAUGCCAGCUGGGGAUCUACGGUGUUUGUAUGUAGUGUGGGCUUUUAAAGGCAGUUGUACAUGUGUGUUUGUAUAUAAUUUUGUGUUUUAAUAUCGGGGUGUGUUUAUACAUAAUUUUUGUGCUUUAAUAUAGGGGUGUGUUUGGAUGUAAUGUUUGCAUUUGUUGGGUUGGUGUUUGAUUGCUGUGAUGUAUGGCCACGUAAAUACAUACUUACACAGAUAUACAUACCCAGGCCCGGACUGGCCAUCGGGCACAGCGGGCAAAUGCCCGGUGGGCCGUGGGGCCGAGGCCGGCAUGGGAGGUCCCAGGAUCUCCCCUGCCGGUCUAUGCAGGGCCGGCACUCUCCCAGCGCCGGCCCCGCUGUUUGCCACGACGGGCCGGUGGGGAGAUCAAGGAUCUCCCUGACCGGCCCACAUGCGGCCGCCGGCGGGGAGAGAGGGGAUGGAGCCAGCCAGGCUGGAGAGAGGACCCGGCGGAGCUCUAACUUGCAGCUCCGCCGGGUUCCUCUCGAGAGAUUCGGCACGUUGCCAUGGCAACAACCGGAUCUCGCGAGAGUGAACUCUAGCCUCACAGGCUAGAGUUCACUCACCCACGAGGACCACCAGGGAACACCGCGUGCCGGACCCCCCCUCCCAGUCCCAGCGUGCCGGUCCCCCCCUCCCUUCCAGGCUAAAGGUAAGAAGGGAGGGGGGGAAGAAUAAUGACUGUUUUGUUUUGUUUUUUUAUUUUUACCCCCCCCUACACACACACACACACACACAAUAACAUUUAUACAGCACUCUCACACCCAGCACUCUCACACCCAUCACACACAGCACUCUCACACCCAUCACACACAGCACUCUCACACCCAGCACUCUCACACCCAUCACACACAGCACUCUCACACCCAUCACACACAGCACUCUCUCACACCCAUCACACUCACAGCACUCUCACAGAGCACUCUCACACACACACAGCACUCUCACAGAGCACUCUCUCACACAGCACUCUCACACCAUCACACACAGCACUUUCACACACACAGCACUCUCUCACAGCACUCUCACACCCAUCACACUCACAGCACUCUCUCACAGAGCACUCUCACACAGCACUCUCUCACACCCAUCUCACACAGCACUCUCACACCCAUCACUCACACACGGCACUCUCACACCGCACCCCUCACACACAGCACUCUCACACCGCACCCCUCACACACACACCGCACCCUCACACACACACAUACUGCACCACUCACAUACACACAGAACCCCCCCAACACACUGCACCACACACAUACACAAUACUUCCAAAUAUAUAUAUAUAUAUAUAUAUAUACAUACACACACACACACACACACUACACUCUUAAAGGACCACUCUAGCCACCCAGACCACUUCAGCUUAAUGAAGUGGUCUUGGUGCCAGGUCCUUCUAGGGUUAACCCAUUGUUUUAUAAACAUAGCAGUUUUAGAGAAACUGCUAUGUUUAUCAAUGGGUUAAGCCUUCCCCCAAAGCCUCUAGCAGCUGUCUCAUUGACAGCCGCUAGAGGCGCUUGCGUGCUUUUCACUGUGAAAAUCACAGUGAGAGCACGCAAGCGUCCAUAGGAAAGCAUUAUAAAUGCUUUCUUAUGCGACCGGCUGAAUGCGCGCGCAGCUCUUGCCGCGCGUGCGCAUCGGAGGAGGAGAGCUCCCCACACGGCGCUGGAAAAAGGUAAGUUUUAACCCCUUUCCAGAGCCGGGCGGGAGGGGGUCCCUGAGCCACAUAUGCAUCACAUUACACCACAAACACAACACGACUAAAACCGACCUUAUUACACAAUACCACACCACGACCAGCUCACUCUACACACACGCAAUACCCCAAGCAGGCUCCAAAACACAUGCACAAUACUCUUUCCUGACCCAUUUGUCUCCUGGUAUCCAUUUAUAGAGACACCAGAGACAAGUUGCAAGGAAACACAGUGCAAGCAUGUUAUUAAUUUUGCUUGCACUGUGCAGAACAAAUACAGGACUUUUUUCUCAUGCUAGAGCUCUUCAGCAGAGCUCUGCGCAUGGUCUGCCCUGGAAGAGCAUUGAACCAACAUGCUCACUUUGAGAGAAGGGUGUGUUUGUCAUUGGUGAUGACAAAACACACCUCCUCUGCCCCGCCCCCUUUUUAGUGGGCCGCUGUGUUAAAAAAAUGCCCGAGCCGAAUUUUUCUCCCAGUCCGGCCCUGUACAUACCCAUUUAAAUACACAGAUACACACACACACACAUUUUGAGACACAGAUAAACACACUAACAAAUACAUACACCUUGACACACAGAUACACACACACUUACAUAGACACUGACACAUAGAUACACACAUACAUGUCAAAAUUUUUAGCCACCCUUCUGUUAACAUACCUUUUAUGUGCAGGAGGGUGGGUUGCCAGGAGCCCUGCUGCUGGCACAGUCUGGUGGAAGUGUGUGUCUGAAACUGGGUCUUGUCUUUGCUUCUCUCCAUCCUUCUGUUCCUCUUCUGCCUCCUCCUCCUGAGCAGCUCCUGCUGUAGCUAGGAGGAAGUGAUCUGUACUCACUUCCUAACAGCAUGGGAAAUACGAAAGGAGUCUGGUCCUGAUGUUAAAGGACCACUGAGCCUGACCAGGCCACUGUUCAGCAUUACUGAGUGUUCUCAAGUGCGUGGGCCCCCACCUCAGCAUGCGGCCCCAAUUACUGCCCCAGAAAGCUCAAAGCCAUUUUCUUUUUGAGACAAAAUGAUACUAAAGCCCAAAAAUCCAAACAGGUCAGCUGGUGACAGAGCUUGCUUUAAGUACGAGGUUUGAAACGGUCUAAAUGGAUGAAGCAAUUACACAAACCAAACACUGCUACUUUAUUUCCCAAUUUUAUAUUACUCUUUGUUUUUAGGUUUUAUCCAGGCCUGCCGUGGUUUACUAAUUGCUGCAGUUAGUCUAGGCUUUUUUGGUUCAAUUUUUGCACUUGUUGGCAUGAAGUGCACCAAGAUUGGAGGAACAGACAAUCAAAAAAUGAAGAUCACAGCCUUUUCUGGUCUUCUCUACGUUUUGAGUGGUGAGUGUUCUAUAGUUUAUACCACAACCUAUAAUGAUCACCUUGAGGUUACCUGCACAAUACAUUACUUACCUGGCUACAGAAUAUAUGAUGUCACAAACUACGUGAUUGGCAAAUUAGUCAAGUUCCUUCAGUGCUUCUGUCUUAGCGAUACCUCUCUGUAUGACAUCAAACAUUCUGGUAAUGGGAUUUACAGAAGAUAUGAUACAUAUCAGCUCAGCACAUAUAACUACAGCUCAGUGGAGGAAGAUGUAAAUUGCAGAUUGAGAUUUUGCCAUCCAUUCUAGCCAGGAAGACAGCAACUGUGUAAGAAAGAUAAUAUAGAUACGUACCUCUUAAAUACACUCUUUAAUCAUGUACUUUGUACAUCUAGUAAUCUAGAUUUAUAAUAAACAGUGAUGUAACAUGGUAUUUUAUAUAUGUUUUGUAUAUCAUAGAAUGUUUCUCUCCACCUAUAGAGUACAAGACAGACACGGUCACAUCUUUUUUUUUCUGUUCUAGGUCUUUGUGCAAUGACUGGGAUAUCACUAUAUGCACAUAAUAUAACAUCACAAUUCUUUGAUCCAACAGUCCUGGAACAAAAGUAAGUGGGGAAAUCAGCGGGAAAGUCACCAAAAUAUAAAUCUGUGUUAUUCAGUAGAGAUUUGUUUUGUUGCCAUCUCUUAGGUAUGAACUGGGGGCUGCCCUUUUCAUUGGAUGGGGUGGAUCAUCUCUCACCGUCAUCGGAGGCGCUAUUCUUUGCUUCUCUUUGAAUGACAGUUUAAGAGAGUCCAGGUAACCAUAAAAAUGUAUAAUUACCACCCAAACACUUUAAAGCAAGGAUGGGUAAAAACAUUAGAGUUAUAAUUAGUUAUUUUAACUUAUUCAAUUUUGCAUACCUAGCACACAUUAGGAUGUAGCUGCACUAGUCGGAGUUUUGCCAUCUGCCCCUCAAAACCUUGGGUGGGGACAAACUGCAACGCAUUCUUGGUCAAAUGAAAAAAUUGAAGAAGGCCAAAUCACAGGAUUAUGGGUGAAUAAAUGUGAUAAUUUAGUGACAUGUGAAUUGAAAUAGCACGAUAUUCAAACACCAGUAAAAUGCUAUUGACAAUAGAUUGUCUAUAGUUUAGAUCUAUGACAAUUUAAUUUUAGGGCAGUGGUGAACUUAUUUUUAGACUUUCCAAGAAUUAUUAAGAUGUCAAAGAAGAAAGAAAAAAAUCUCAACAUAAAAUGUACUUCAAUAACUCCAUACACCCUAUGUCCCAAAUCUAAUCAGUUUAAGAUCAUAUUUAUUCUGAGCACUGCUUAAGUGAGAAAUUAGUUAUUGAUCAUGAAAACUUUUUUUUUUUUUUUAAAGAAAUUGAAUAUUUUUGAGAUUGGUGGUAAAAUUAGCACUUUGCAUCUUAAAUGCACAGGUUUUACUUUGAUAAAUAAAAUAAAAAUGUUUUAUUUGACAUAAUUAAUCUUUGUAUAUGCAAUAACCUAAAGGUUUUUUUUGUUACUCCUUUUAGAAUACAUUAUUCUUAUAACGGGGUCACUUCUGUGAGAUCAGCACGGACACGCCUUCCUGAUGAAAGUAAUAGUUGCAAUGCGCCGAGGGAUCUUCCCAGACACUUUGAUAAGAAUGCCUAUGUGUGAUGAGAACAUUCAGAAGGAAAAUGACAAUCUAGUGUACGACUCAAAGAAAGGAGUGUGCCUGACCCAUGUGACAUUCUAACUUUGCUUCCUCUACAUUCCUGUAUUGUCCUGUUUGCUGUGACUUUUAUUUCCCUCUUCUUAUUCUACCACAAAAGUUCUUCGACAUUGGCUUCAGCUAUGACUCAAAACAUGCUUUAUACUCAAGUCUGUCACCAAGAAAGGCACAUUAGAUACGACAACCGAUUUAGAAAAUAUACAACUAUUCACGAUAAAAUGGAUUAAUGGCAGGAGGCUCUGUCUCCAAAAGCAGAAUAGCUGGGAUUGUAUAUAAGGUCACUCUAAAGAACAUAUGUUAAUAAAAUAAGGGGGGGUUAACAUUUUCUAAUUAUAUGUACCAGCUGGCUGAAUAUACUAAUGCAAUUUAACAAAGUAACAAAUAGAGCAAGAUUACUUCAUAAUGUGGAUCUUGUUGUACACAGGGCCUGUAAUUAAAAACAAACAUCCACACUUUCAAAAUGCACAAACUGCAAUUAAAACCGAUACUGGUUUACAAGGAUGAGAACUGUAUAUAUACACAAAAAAAUAAAUAGUACACCGUUAUUAUUAUUGCCAUUUAUAUAGCGCCAACAGAUUCCGUGGCGCUUUACAAUAUUAUAAGAGGGGGGAUUUAACUAUAAGUAGGACAAUUAUAAAGAAAACUUACAGGAACGAUAGGUCAAACGAGCUUACAGUCUAGAAGAUUACACAAAUUAUGCCCCAUGAGGAUUCAUGGAGAAAAUGUGUUUAUACUGUAUGCCUGCAAUACAUUUAUAAGAGAAAUCAACAAUAAUGUUACAGUUUAUAAUAAACUAGCCAUAUUGAUGUCAUUACAUAUUAAAAUAUGGUUUUUUAAAAAAUGUAAAUAAAAAUAAAUGUG